AUGGAGGAACACGUUGUCUUCACCAUCAUCAAGAUCAUCGUGGCGGGGCUGCGAGAUCUCAGAUCGCAGCCAAACCUCUACGGGAGAUAUGGACGCCAUGUUUCAACCGUCAGAGAAUACGUUUUAGGGACAGAAUGCACUGGCAACGGCACGGUGCAAGAAAGUGCAAUGAAUCUCGGUGUUAGAUUGACUACAGAAAAGUGUCCUUUGUCGAGUAUAUGUAACAUUCAGCGGGCGUGGAUGUGUGAUGCGCGUGCGUGCGGGAGGUCGCCUGGCACUGGCCCUCCUGACUGCCACCACCUCACCCUCCUGCUGGUGCAACACUGCCGCCUCUCACAGCACUUGCAGGGUGAGGAUGACGGCCACGAGCGACCCCUGGCUUGGAGGGACGAGGAGCAGAGAGCACAGACACGUCAGCUCCUCCUUCAGAUAGCACAGCUCAAGGAGGAGAUAGCCAGACUCCAGGCUGCUCGAGAUGCCGCCCUCCUGGCCGCCACGCCCCCAGCCCCCGCGGAGGCUCCCCCGACGCCCGCCUCGACCCCGAACCGACGGCCCCACAACGGCAGCGGCAGCGUGGUGACGGUGGACGCGGCCUGCGGCGCCCUCAUCCAGCACCAGGUGUCGCAGUCCGAAAUCACGCAGGGCAUCCCGCUCAACAAUGAAUACGAGAUCAUCUCCUUCUCUCACUUCACCUGGUCGCGCGUGUACCCGGCCGAGCUCGGGCUGGGCAAGCGGGUGGUGGAGAAGCCCAUCGGAUUCCGGCGACGAGAUAUCCUGGCUUCGCUCACCACGGCCCUCGAGCACCUCAAUGGACCCGUGCCUGCGAGGUUCACCGUCGACGACUUCGUGGAGGGGAUGUACCGCACCGUGCCGACCAGCGGGACCCAGUACGAGCUCCUCUUCCACGACCGCCACGCGAACCGGUCGUCACACCAGUACAGGACAGUUACUCUAAUGAGGCCAUUUGCUCCUCUCACGGUCGUCGCCAGGGAACAGCAGACGACGAAACAGCUGAUCAACAUCGUCCUGCCCCUCUCCGGUCGCACCGAAACCUUCCGUGGCUUCAUGGACAAGCUCGUCACCAUCAUCUUGAGACACGACCGCAGAGUCUUCCUGACCGUCGUGUACUUUGGCCACGAGGGGCUGCAGGAGGUGAGGAACAUCAUCACCAACGCGUCGAAGGAAGCCAAGUUCCGACACAUCAAGUUGCUCACCCUCAACGAAACCUUCUCGAGAGGGAAGGCGCUGCAGGUGGGAGCCACGCACUGUCCAGGGCGACGUCUCCUCUUCAUGUGCGACGUGGAACUCGUCUUCAGCACGCGGUCCUGGAGCGAUGUUCGCCUCAACGCCUCCCCGGGACACUCGGUCUACUACCCCGUCGUGUUUCUCCUUACAACCCCCAAUGGUCUACCCGCUCGCACCAGGGGAAACCUGUGGCCUCAGGAACUGGACCAACUCGUCAUCUCGAGAGACACAGGAUUCUGGCGUGACUUCGGCUACGGGAUGACCUGCCAGUACAGGUCGGACUUCCUCAACGUCCAGGGCUUCGACGAGGAUAUCAUAGGAUGGGGAGGAGAGGACGUGCUGCUCUACCGCAAGUACGUCAAGUCGCGGCUGUCCGUGAUCCGCUCCACCGACCCGGGCAUCUUCCACCUGUGGCACCCGAAGGAGUGCUCCACUUCCCUCUCAGCUGAUCAGUACCGUGCCUGUAUCACUUCACGUGCUUUGAACGAGGCCUCCCACGCCCACCUCGGCCUCAUUGCCUUCAAGGACGACCUCGGGAAGCACCCCCUCGGCGCCGAUGCUCUCACCGGCAGCCAGGCUCUUGAGGAACAGCAACUCAAGGCUGAGAUGUAGUCGUUGAAUUUUCUUUUUUUCUUUUUUUUUUUUAUAAUUCUUGAAAGCUGUUUUAGAAAUGAUAAGAGAAAAUGGAUACGCUGCGCAGUGCCUGUGACUGAUGCCUCUCUUUCCAGAAUUUUCUAUGUGGAAAUAAAUCUACAGAUAUAUAGAUAUAUAUGUGUGUGUGUGUUUGAAAAAUAACUUUGGAAAUGUUGCUACUUUCAAGUCUAUAAUACUUCCAAAUCACAACCGAAAGUUAGCCAGUUCUAUUGCAUAUUGUAAGCAUGUGAAACUUUUUUUUUCUCUCAAUUGCUUAAAGGAAAUACAGAUAAUUAUUUUCAAGGAGUCAUGAUAAUUAUCUUGAUUAUUAUUUUUUAAUGAACAAAUAUUUCUUCCCGGUCACCUGUAUCUGUUCUGCCAUUAGUUCUUAAUCUUCUGUUAUUACAAGAAUUUGUAUUCAUAUUUUCACCUGUUUCCAUGAUCAACCCUUUGGCUGGGAGCUGAAAUAAACACACGGUAUAUGGAAAAAAUAUUUAAUAUUUCCAUUCUUUCAUUUCACUUCAACAUAAACAAAGACAUAAAAAGGACAACGAUAAAUUAAGAUAAAUGAAAAAAUAGGAAGUACAUAUAAAGUUCAGUUCCUGGUUCAUUAAGCCUAAAAAAUAUUAUUAAUCGUAAUUAAAUUAAUAAUAAGCGUAAGGUGAAAAGAUGCAUUAAUUAAGAGAUAAAAUCAUACAGAUCUUGCCUCAUGUUGCAAAAUGAGAGGAAAAAAGUCAAUAAAGGCGAAAUUAUAAUGCAUUAAUCAGACUAAAUAAUCUUUGAAGUGUGAAGAAUAUCGCGAAAAUGAGCAGCCAAAGGGAUCGAAAGAUAAAAUGAUAAUAUUUAAUAUUCCAUUUACGUCCGUUAUCAUCAUUACCUUCAUGACUUUGAUUCCGAAUGUUGUAAUAAUUUUUUUCUUAUUUUUCUUUGUAUGAAUAUGCUGUUUGUAAAAUACCUGCAAGUGGAGAAUAGCUGUUGGUAUAUGGCGAGGCAUAAUAGUGUAUGUCAUAAGAGUAAAAUAUUUGAGAAAUGUAGAAUAUAAGAGAUUUUUACUUUCUUUAUUAUUAUUAUUAUUAUUAUUGAGCUCCUCGGUUGUAUAUAGUUCCUUUUAUUCCUGUUAAAGCACGUCGUUUUUUAUAUAUAUAUUUGUCUACAACAGUAUUAACCUUACCUUUUGAUUUUUACUCUUAAAUACUGUCGUUAUUAUUUUUAUUAUGUUUUUAUCAUUAUCAU